AUGGUCGCCAAGACUGCCGUCUAUCUCGCCGCGCUGGCCGCGGCUGCUCACUCUGUCACCGCCCACACCAUCGUCACCAGUCUCUGGGUCAACGGCAAGGACACUGCUGACGCCGCCGUCGGUGUCGGUUCCUCGUACAUGCGCACCCCGUCGUCCAACUCGCCCGUCAAGGACCUCUCUUCGUCCAACAUGGCCUGCAACGACCGUGGCACGACGCCCGUCAGCGGCUUCCUCAAGGUCGCUCCUGGCGACGUGAUCGAGCCCGAGUGGUGGCACUCUGGCGCCCGCGGCGAAGACCCUAUCGCAACGUCGCACGUCGGACCCAUCGAGUCUUGGAUCUCGCCUUACAACGCCAAUACCAACGGCGACGUCUGGGUGCAGAUCUCGUCCGAGGCGUACGACAAGGACUCGAGCCAGUGGGCAGUCGAGAAGAUGAUCGCGAACAAGGGGCGUAACAAGGUCGUCGUCCCGACGGACAUCGCACCUGGGAAGUACAUCGUCCAGUUCAACCUCUACGCCAUGCACGAGGCGGAGAACGUCGGUGGCGGCCAAUGGUACCCCAACUGCGCGCAGGUCGAGGUGACGGGCUCGGGAUCGACCAAGCUUCCCGCCGGCGUCGCCAUCCCCGGCUUCUACACUGCCUCGACGCCCGGCGUCGUCUGGAACAUCUACUACUCGUCGACCUACGACACCAAGCUCGACUACAUCGCGCCCGGCACCGGCGUUUGGGACAGCUCGUCGACCUACAGCACCGACGUUUGCCACGAGAAGGUUUACGGUCUUGCGCCUGCUGGCUACUGCCAAGGCGGCAACAACUCGACUGCACCUGUCAAGACUUCGGCGGCUGCGACGACCUCGAAGGCGCCCGCUACGACCAGCAAGGCUGGCUCGACUUCGGCUGUCGCUUCCUCCGCGACGACAACCACGGUUGCGCACACGACUUCGCAGGCCGCGCACACGACUCCUGCUUCCUCUCCCGCCGCCCCCUCGUCUGCCCCGGCUGGUUCGACCACCUCGUCCGCCCCCAACUCGCAGUACACCGACUAUACCUCGUGCAUGCGUGCCUACAACAAGUGCCUCGACGCGCACCAGCCCAAGAACGGCGGCGCAGCCGACUUCUCUGCCUGCCAGUCGAUGAACUGCCAGUCGUACCAGCGCAUGGCCAGGCGCUCGGCUCGUCACGCCGCGCGUCACUGA